GAAGGCGGGAGUGGAACUCUUGAUGAGCGGAGAAUUUGGGCGUGUUCAGCGAAAGAUAGACACUCAAAGAAAAAGAGACAACGUCGCCAAAGCAUUGCUCGCGAGGCGGAGCAGAUUGCGAAGGACCUAUCGCGAAGACAUCACAAGUACUCUUGUUCCUAACACCAACGGAACCGUUGUCGCUUCUUAUGAUCACAAUAUUUAUUCUGGCCAGUUCUCUAACGAUUCAAUGUUCUAUUACACAUGCUGUCAAGAUUUUCGUUUGCAUGUAUACGACACCACUGCUCCUCCAAUCAAACCUCCACCCCGUUCUGCCCCACUUCGAGGACGCCAUGGGUUUGUCCCCCCUGAACAUGAAACAACGAUGAAAGUGAUCAAAACUAUCGACGGACAUCCUGGUCGUUGGACCAUCACCGAUUCUCAUCUCAGCCCUGACAACGAGAGGAUCAUCUAUUCGUCCAUUACGCCAACGGUGUAUAUGACUACCACGACCGACUCUUCAACGGUCCAGACGCCCAUACGUCUUUCAGACAGAGACAGGCAGCGGUGGGGUGAGGAGAGCUUUGGUAUUUACAGCUGCCGGUUCUCCGCAGACGGUAACGAAGUGAUUGCGGGGGGUAGCGGGAUGAUCUUCGUCUAUGAUUUACUGGCGGAUCGUCGCACAGUUAAAAUCAACGCGCAUGCCGAUGACGUGAACAGUUGCUGCUGGGCCGACACUGCGUCAGGCAACGUCUUAAUCAGCGCUUCAGACGAUACGUUCUUGAAAGUCUGGGAUCGGCGGUCAUUGGGGACCUCCAAGCGGCCCUCCGGCGUGUUGAUUGGACAUACGGAAGGCAUUACCAACGUUUCCGCAAAGGGCGAUGGGCGUUAUAUCAUUUCCAACGGCAAAGACCAAGCCCUUCGGUUGUGGGACUUGCGCAAGAUGUGCACGAACGAAGAAUACGAAAACGUGCGCCAUGUGACAUAUGGCAUACCCGGCUAUGAUUAUCGUUAUAGACAUUAUCCGAAGCCCAAGGUGCUCGCCCAUCCUAAGGACUGCAGCGUCAUGACAUACCGAGGGCACACCGUUCUGUCGACCCUCAUCCGGUGUCACUUCAGUCCAGCCGAGACGACAGGCGGGCAAUACUUGUAUUCUGGAUCAGCAGACGGCAGAAUUCAUAUCUGGUCCUUGGAUGGGCGCGUUGUACAGGUUCUUGACCGUUCACGCACUCUACCUAUAACUUUCGAUCCCUCGGCACCGGAACCGGAUCAGACUUCUGGUACCCGUGCUGAAGUAUGUGUGCGCGACGUGAGCUGGCAUUCGAGGGAGCCUGUCAUCCUUAGUGCUGGGUGGGAGAGUGGCACCAUGGGAAGCAGAAGCAGCGUCGCGCGGCACGAAUGGAAGGGACUCACGAAGAUGGCGCCGGGUAGGCUUGAGGACUAUCUAGAGCGACAGAGGCUCCAGAGUGGCGAAGUGCCUCAGUUGCAGAGGAUGCGGAUCCCAGGCUCCUUUGAUGAGCAAGACGAGGUGUAGAUGAAUUGGGGUGGUUACUUAUUUCUUGUUGUGCUUGAAUCUGCUGUUGUGUUUGAACUUGUGUACUUUGUUCACUGCUUGUCGCUGCUAUUUGUACGUUCACUC